AUGUCGAAACUUCGAGUUCUCAUCUCGGGCGGUGGCAUCGCCGGUCCAUCCGCCGCCCUCUGGCUCUCCCGUCUUGGCCAUUCCUGCACCGUCCUCGAGCGCUUUCCCUCGUUGCGCACUGGAGGACAACAGAUUGAUAUUCGCGGCCAGGGCAUUGAAGCCGCGAAACGUAUGGGCAUUUUGGAAGAUAUUCGCAAAAACGCAGUUGAUGAGGGCGGUCUGCAAUGGGUUGACUCAGAAGGGAGGCAGAAAGCUCUGCUGGCGCGGAAUGACUCUGGGAAGGGCAGACAGUCGUUUACGAGUGAGUUUGAGGUCAUGAGAGGUGAUCUGUGCAGGAUUAUCUAUGAUGCCACCAAGGAGAAGACGCAGUAUCGCUUUGGGACGUCAAUCGAGAGUUUCGAGAAUGUUGGUGAUAAAGUCAAUGUCAAAUUCAACCAAGGCGCUGAUGAGAGCUACGACCUUCUCAUCGUGGCAGAUGGUCAAGGCUCUAGAGUUCGGAGGAAACUCUUCGCAGAUGACCCCGAAGCGGUUCAUGUUCGCGAACUGGGCUUGAACGGGUGCUACUACAACCUCCCGCGCGAAGCAGGCGACGAGAACCUCGCAACUGUGUAUAGCGCACCUGGCCGUCGCGUCAUAUCAACGCGUUGGCAUUCCAAGGAUAGAGGCCAGGCGUACUUGAUGACCAUGUCUCACUAUGACGAACUCAAGGAAGUCAUGGGUCAGGAUAUCGAGGCGCAGAAGAAGCUGUUUGGCGAGAUCUUCAAAGACGCAGGCUGGCAGGCGCCGCGGCUUAUCAAAGCGAUGAACGAGACGGAGGAUUUCUACGCGCAGGCCUUUGUGCAGAUCAAGACGAAGACGUGGUCAAAAGGACGAGUCGUCCUGCUCGGAGACGCAGGCUAUGCGCCAUCAGGAUUAACAGGCGUGGGAACGACACUCGCCAUGAUAGGAGCGUGUGUCCUCGGCGGAUCGAUCGCGAGACAUGGACAUGAUAUACCGAGGGCGUUAAAAGCGUACGAAGACACGCUGAGGCCGCAUGUUGAGUACUCCCAGAAGAUACCCUCGUUCAUCCCUGGUAUUGCGUAUCCCAAGACGAAGUUUGGGAUCAAGCUGCAGUAUUCAAUCAUUGGGCUUGUGACGAAACUCAAGAUUGAUAAGGCGGUGCUUGCUUUGCUGCCGGAGGAUAGGGGGGCUUGGAGGAUUCCUGCUUAUGAGGAGCUUGAGGGUUUGAAGGGGUGA